GCUAAACAGCAUCUCUCUCCCCGCCCUGCCUCUCGCCGCCGCCGUCCAGGGCGUGGGGAGACGCUGGAGGCGGCAGGUGCGGCGGCAGCGGCAGUGCUGGCCAAGGCGUGGCAGCCACACUGCUGCGUCGUCCUGCUGACGGACGGCGCCUCCUCCACGCACGCCGUGGUCAAGGCGCUGAGGCAGAUGGCGGCGCCCUGGGGAACUACCGUGCUGGAGGUGCGGUCCGUGGCUGACGGGCCUAACGACCCCAUGCAGCUGCUGCGCCGUGCCCUGCGCCAGGCACGCCAGGAGGUGACAGAGGUCUGGUAUCCACAGGUGAAGUGGGUGUCGUGGUGUGUGGUGGUGGUGGUGGUGAGCGACGACUCUUCCUUCCUCGCCGCCUGGACGGAGAUGGCCCACAGUGGCGGCCUGCUGGCGUGGCCCACGCAACUCGUGGCGCUCACCGGUCUGCCCAAGGAUCGCCUCCGCCGCUUGCACUCAAGCUUCUCCCACGUCAACGCCGUGCUCAUCGUCAGCGACGGCGGCGCCUCACCAAGGUGCGAGGUGUUGGUGCACCUGCCUUACAGCGAACAGGUGGUGCAGGUGGCCAGGUGGCGUCCAGAGCGCCUCACCCUCUCCUCCUCUCUGCCGCUCUUCCCUGACAAGUUCCACAGGUUCCAGGAGCGACCUCUUCUUCGCCUCACUGCCGAGGAGUUCCCACCCCACGUGGUGCUUCAGCGCAGGGCGGCUCCUGGUGGCGGCGCCACGCUGGUCUUCUCGGGAGCCAUGAUGAGCGUUCUUGGAGUUCUUGCUCAGUCCCUCAACUUCAGCUACGCCCUGGUGCGUCCCCCUGAUGGCUCCUUCGGCACCAGGCUGGCUAACGGCACGGCCACGGGGAUGGUGGGCAUGGUGGGCCGCCAGGAGGUAGACCUCGGCCUUGGUCCUUUUGGCAUCACGCCUGCGCGUUCCAUCAUCGUGGACUACACGGCGCCAGUGGUGAACGACUACCUUAGGAUUCUGGCUGGCCGCGGCCGCCCUGAGGUGGACCCCUGGGGCUUCCUGCUGCCCCUGGCGCCCAUGGUGUGGGUGGGCCUGGUGGUGGCGCUGGUGGUGGUGAUGGCCAUUGUUUUGCUCCUCGCCCGCUGCCUCUCUCUCCAUUCUCCGGCCCUCGCGCCCUACGUCAGGGUCAUGCUGCAAGAGAACUCGUGGCUGCCGGCGCUGUGGGGCUGGGAGCGGCUGGUGCUGGGCGGGUGGAUGCUGGCCAUGCUCGUGGUGACGCAGAGCUACACGGGGAACCUCAUGUCCCUGCUGGCGGUGCGUUACAUCCCGCAGCCCUUCCAGACACUGCGUGCGCUGCUGGACGACUCCGCCACCACUAUGGUCUGGGAGUACGAUACUGCAUAUGUCAACUAUUUUCGAACAACGGAGAUCGGCAUCCUGAGAGAGGUGCGCGAGAUGGACGCGGCUGGUCAGGUUCAGUACGUGCUGGCCACGGAGUAUCCAAGCUUGCUGCGGGGAGACGUGCGGUUCGGGAGUCACGCGUUCAUCGGCGAGGACCUCACCGCCAAGGUUCUAAUGGCGCAACAGUUUUCCGAGACAGGCAGUUGUGACUUCUACACCUCACGGGAGUCGUUCAUGCCCUUUUUGUACUGCAUGAUUGGCCCCAAGCACAGUCCCCUCGUGCAAAGCGUCAGUAAGCGCAUCACGUGGAUCACGGAGGCGGGCCUGUACGACCACUGGAUGAACAGCCUCAGCUCAAACUCCACAGUGUGUGAGCGCCCGGCGACCAAGAUCACCGUCAGGACACCGUUGUCACUCGGCAAUGUGUGGGGCAUGUUUGCAAUCCUGGUGGUGGGCAACGCGGUGAGUCUGCUACUGUUCCUGGUGGAGGUGCUGGCAGGCCACCACCUCCACUCCCUCCUGACAGCGACCUCCUCCUGGACGUGACCUCGCUCAGUGCCUCGAUACAGCCUCUGCUUUCACAGGAUGCAGCAUUUUGCUUUUACAAGGAAGGGUGAAUGCAUUUUGCGUGACAAGAGAGCUCUGCAAACAGUUGC